AGAGGCGAAAGAGAGAGAAAGGAGAAAGGAGAAAGAAAGAGAUCUGACAGACGGAAGACUAUGGCGAAUGAGUGAUACAUUGAGGGAGAGAGUCAAAAGAGAGUGAGUCCACCUGUUAGACAGAGGGAGUAUUUAUCUACCCUGAAGCUGCAGGAGCUGGACUGACCAGUUAUUCAAUAGACCGAGAGCUCUGAAACCUAAAACACCCUUACCCUCUGAACUCUGACCUUUUCACCCUUCUCUGGAUCGGGGUGUGUGAGAGGUGAAGUCAUGCUUGCAGCCCGCAGUAGUGGAGGAGGGGUGGGAGGUCACAACGGUCCCCCAGGACACAGAAAACACUCUGUAGCGUCGCUGAGCGGGAGCAGAGGCCACUGUAACGCUCAGGAUGGCAGUAAGGAUAGACGCAGUUCCACCCCAGGCCAGCAGGCUGCAGCACCACACAGAAGCAAGGCAGCACUGAUUAGAGAGAUGGAGACCCACUGGUAUCUGAAGAUGUGUGGACUUGCAAGGGGGGAUUCUGUGGCUCAAAAGACAGGCAUGCUGUACAGGAACCUGGGGAAAUCAGGACUUAGAGUGUCGUGCUUGGGACUGGGUACCUGGGUAACGUUUGGUGGUCAGAUUACAGACGAGGUGGCUGAGCAACUGAUGACCAUGGCGUAUGAGAGUGGAGUCAACCUGUUUGACACAGCGGAGGUGUACGCUGCUGGAAAAGCUGAAGUCAUAUUGGGUAACAUCAUCAAGAAGAAAUGCUGGAGACGAUCAAGUCUGGUCAUCACUACCAAGCUGUACUGGGGAGGAAAAGCAGAGACUGAGAGAGGCCUUUCAAGGAAACACAUUAUUGAAGGUCUGAAGGGCUCCCUCCAGAGGUUGCAGCUGGAAUACGUAGACGUGGUCUUCGCAAACCGCCCCGACACCAACACACCCAUGGAGGAGAUUGUGAGAGCCAUGACUUAUGUGAUCAACCAGGGGAUGUCCAUGUACUGGGGGACUUCUCGAUGGACAGCCAUGGAGAUCAUGGAGGCGUACUCUGUGGCCAGACAGUUUAACCUUAUCCCUCCGGUGUGUGAGCAGGCUGAGUACCAUCUCUUCCAGAGGGAGAAGGUGGAGGUCCAGCUUCCAGAACUCUACCACAAGAUAGGUGUUGGGGCGAUGACGUGGUCUCCGCUGGCCUGUGGCAUCAUCACGGGGAAGUACCAGAACGGCAUCCCAGAAACCUCCAGGGCAUCCAUGAAGUCGUAUCAGUGGUUAAAGGAGAAGAUAGUGAGUGAGGAUGGGAGGAAACAGCAGGCGAAGCUGAAGGAGCUGGGACACAUCGCUGAGAAGCUGGGCUGUACUCUCCCACAGCUGGCCGUGGCCUGGUGUUUGAGGAAUGAAGGAGUGAGCUCAGUCCUCCUGGGAUCCUCCAGUCCAGAGCAGCUAACAGAGAACCUGGGUUCCAUACAGUUCCUUCCAAAAAUGACGUCUCAUGUGGUGUCGGACAUCGAUCACAUCCUGGGGAACAAGCCGUACAGUAAGAAGGAGUAUCGGUCCUAGACACCCAGGAGGAAGCAGAACCACUACUGUACAACCACUGUGGAUCCAGUUCCACCAACCAUCUGGGCUCAGCUUCCAUGGGGUUUCAGCUCAGUCUAAUCCCAGCCUAGUUCAGGCCUGCUCUGCUCAGCCCCAGCUUUCUUAGCCCAGUGUAACCAAGCUUAGUUCAGCCUAACCAAGCUCACCCUCUGCCUAGACCAGCUUUCAGUCCAGCUUUCAGCUCAGCUUACUCUUAUCAGUAGAUUCUCUGACUCCUGAGUUUAUUAACCAUGUAGAUGCAUGCUUCCCCUCUCUGGUGUGCCUGGACUUUCUCUUCAUAAGCACAUUAUACAAAACAACACAAAAGGGGGUUAAUACUUAGAAUAUACCGUAAGCUUCUUCAACAAUUCAUUUUGAAAACAAACUCCUCUCUCCAGCCAGUCUACUGUAUUUGACACUUGUUUGACCUUUGCAAAGCAGAGCACCCUGGGACAUUAAGUUUCAGUGACAGGGGUUUGUUGUCUGCGAGGGGUAGACUGUGCAUGUUGUCGCCCCCCUCUGGUCGUAUAAGAUACUGCUAUGGAAUAUC